AUGAGGAAUAAUACUAAGACGGCCACCUUUGUCUUUAGUGCACAGGCGGCAAACCAUUUGCUUAGUUUGGGACAUCUGAAAGUCGGACUGGCGCGAUGUGAGAUUGAGAAGAGGUACGUCGUGAGACGAUGCCAGAGAUGCUGGAGCUAUUCGCACGACUCGACGAAAUGCGACGGUCCUGACCGCACAAGGAACUGCCUUAAUUGCGGCAAGCACGGCCACGCUAUGAAGGCUUGUGCGGGGGAGGAGUUUUGUGCGGUCUGCAAUAAGGCACACAGACACGGCAGCGCUAAAUGCCCCGCCUUCCAGGAGGCACUGCAGAGAGCGAGGAAGGCUGAUCAGAGUAAGAUACACGAGGCUCCUACCACAUACGCUCGUCCAUCAAGAGUAGAGAAAAGUGCCAAAGGACAGGAGGCCUCCACUAGCAACAGCCAACAAAGUCUAAGCAGCCAAACAAAAACAGAUGACGGCGUCUUUCAACACGCGGUGUUCCCAGAAGCGGAUCCCCAUUCCAGUACAAAUAGUGAAGGGAAAAUAGACGGCGAUGCUACCCAACCUGCGGAUAUGGAGGAUUCAACAGAAGAAGAUAGACCGCACGAAACUAUCGCCAGAGAUAUGUUGACUUUCGCGUCCCCCUCCCAAAAUAUACGAAAAGAAGAGGAGGCAAACGUGCCGAUGGAACAAUCGACAUCGUUAUCGGUGGACGACAACAAUGUCAUCGAUACCACCUCGACGGGUAAUGAGGAUGAGACUCAGUGA